AAAGUUCGAGAACACCACACACAUAUAUAUACGUACAACACAUGUAUGUGAAACACACACACAUAUAUAUACGUACAACACAUGUAUGUAUACGUGCAGUUCCAUACUGCCAAAUUUCCAAUCAAUAAUGAAUAUACAUACAUUGAAUUAAUUAAAAAAAGAAAAGGAGGGCAGAAAAGAAAGCCAACUCAUCCGUUAAAGCGUACCUACCUACCGAAUCCAACCCCAUCUUUAACUACUUGUCUUUUUCAUCAACUUGGUCAAGUUCAAAUGCCCCUCAUCUGUUUGUUAAAAUGCCUCCAAACUAAUGGUAAUCUCUCCCUCUCCCUCUCUUAAAUAUCCCCUUCUUCUCUUCACCUUCAAGUCUCAUCAUCACCCCACCCCACCCCCCAAUAUAUAUACAUGUAUAUCAAGAACCUUAGUUUUCCACAGACUUUUUAAUUUCAACAAGAAAAAGGGAUUAAUUCUUGAAUUCAUGGGGCGGUCGCCUUGUUGCGAGAAAGCUCACACCAAUAAAGGUGCGUGGACUAAAGAUGAAGAUCAACGCCUCAUCAAUUACAUACGAGCUCACGGCGAAGGCAACUGGCGCUCUCUCCCUAAAGCUGCAGGAUUGCUUAGGUGUGGAAAGAGCUGCAGAUUGAGAUGGAUUAAUUAUUUGAGGCCUGAUUUGAAGAGAGGGAAUUUCACCGAGGAAGAAGAUGAGAUCAUUAUCAAACUUCAUAGCUUGUUGGGAAAUAGAUGGUCUUUGAUAGCAGGGAGAUUGCCGGGAAGAACAGAUAAUGAAAUCAAAAACUAUUGGAACACACACAUCAAGCGCAAGCUUAUUAGCAGUGGUGUUGAUCCACAAACGCACCGCCCUCUCAACUCCACCGCCGCCGCCGCCGCUGCGGCGACCAUAACUCGCUUGGACUUCAGAAAUUCAGCUCCGCCGCCGCCGUCCAAAGAGGCCAACUCGUCGUCGGCGCACGACACCAAUUGCAACAGCACCACGACGGAGGAGUCACAAGCGCCGCCGCGGCCGCGGGAGGAGGAGAGCGGCGACGCCGUGGAUUUGGAGCUGUCGAUUGGGCUGCCCUCGCAGUCUAACUACGUGAAGAGUGCUUCCUUCAACUCGUCUUCGUCGGCGGAGUCUAAGUCGAUCCACGACUUCUUGUGGCCGGCGGCUGCGGCGGCGGAGGUGGUGGCGCCGCCGCCCAUGUGCGUGUGUCGGCCUUUGGGUUUUCAGAAGGGGCAGUUUGGUAAUUGCCAAUCUUGUAACGGCAUAUACAGAUACUGCUGAUUAAUUUUAUGAUUUUUCUCAAUGUAGAGUUUUUCAUGUAAAUUUAGAUAUUAAUUAAGGUUUCUUACAAGUUUUGCAUACAA